AUGGAUGACGACGACAAUAUUGACGACGAAUAUGAAGAAUUGUUACUUGCUCAAAUAGAAGAAAAAGGUCGUGCCAACCAGAGUUCUAGAGGAGGUCAUCGUGGUUCUAUUAUGGGUCACUCAUUUUGUACAAACCUUGAUCACUCACACACAUGCACACACAUAGUUCCGGCCGAUUAUGUUGAUGAGUAUGUGCAGAUUGGGGAAAGCACCGCUAUUGAAAGUCUCAAAAAGUUCGUCACAGCAGUUGUCGAAGUGUUUGGUGAUGAGUACUUAAGGUCGCCAAAUAGUGAUGACCUUAAGAGAUUACUUGCAAUAGGUGAACGACGCGGCUUUCCUGGGAUGCUUGGAAGCAUUGAUUGUAUGCAUUGGACAUGGAAGAAUUGCCCUACUUCUUGGCAUGGUAUGUUUACUGGCCACAUUCAUGAACCCACUAUUAUUUUAGAAGCUGUAGCUUCAUAUGAUUUGUGGAUAUGGCAUGCUUUCUUUGGAUUACCUGGGUCACUUAAUGACAUCAAUGUGUUAGAGCGGUCUUAUGUAUUUAGUGGAUUGGAUGAAGGUAGUGCCCCUCAUAUUAGCUAUAAAGUCAAUGGGAGGCCAUAUGACAUGGGAUAUUAUCUUGCUGAUGGUAUAUAUCCAUCAUGGGCAACAUUAGUGAAGACUAUUCCAGCUCCACAAGGAAAUAAGCAUCGACAUUUUGCUAAAGAGCAAGAAGGGGCAAGGAAAGAUGUUGAGCGCGCAUUCGGAGUGCUUCAAUCACGUUUUGCGAUUGUCCGAAACCCGGCAAGACUUUGGGAUAAGGAUAACCUAAAACAUAUUAUGAUGGCAUACAUAAUUAUGCAUAAUAUGAUUGUCGAAGACGAGCGUGAUGACCAUGAGCGUAUUCGUAGACUAAGGAAGAUACAUGAUAUCGAAGAAGAAUAUGACCAUGUUGAUGAAAUUCCACACAUAUCACUUUCGUUCGAGCGUACACCAACAAUAAUGGAGUUCAUCGCAAAUCGUCAUCGAGUUAGAGAUAAACAAAUGCAUACCCAACUCCAAGAAGAUAUUGUCGAGCACUUAUGGAAAAAACAUGGAGCCAAUUAG